GAGGCGGCGGCGGCUGUGGCGGCGGCGGCGGCGGCGGUGCGGCCGCCGGCUGGAUGGGAAGUUCAUGUUGACGGCGACGUCCACCCCAGGUUUCCAAGGUGGCGACAGACAAGGUGGCGGAAAAGCUGAGUUCCACUCUCUCAUGGGUGAAGAACACAGUCUCGCAGACAGUCAGUCAGAUGGCCAGUCAGGUGGCAAGCCCUUCGGCUUCUGUGCACACUACAUCCUCGUCUACCACACUGUCCACACCGGCCCUCUCACCGUCUUCCCCAUCAAAACUGAGUCCAGACGACUUAGAACUCCUGGCUAAGCUGGAGGAACAGAAUCGGCUGAUAGAGACGGACAGCAAGUCUUUAAGAUCUGUAAAUGGAUCAAGAAGAAACAGUGGCUCCUCUCUUGUGUCAAGUUCCUCUGCCUCCAGCAACCUCAGUCACCUGGAAGAGGACUCUUGGAUUCUUUGGGGAAGAAUCGUGAACGAAUGGGAUGAUGUGCGCAAGAAGAAGGAAAAGCAGGUGAAGGAGCUUGUUCGUAAAGGGAUACCCCACCACUUCAGAGCAAUAGUUUGGCAACUUUUAUGUAAUGCACAGAGUAUGCCCAUUAAGGACCAGUAUUCAGAACUCUUGAAGAUGACUUCACCUUGUGAAAAAUUGAUCCGAAGAGACAUUGCUAGAACUUACCCAGAACACAAUUUUUUUAAAGAAAAAGAUAGCCUUGGACAGGAGGUUUUAUUUAAUGUAAUGAAGGCGUACUCCUUGGUGGAUCGUGAGGUUGGUUACUGUCAAGGCAGUGCUUUUAUAGUUGGACUGUUGCUUAUGCAGAUGCCGGAAGAGGAGGCUUUUUGUGUGUUUGUUAAAUUAAUGCAAGACUAUAGACUUCGUGAACUCUUCAAACCAAGCAUGGCAGAAUUGGGCCUUUGCAUGUACCAGUUUGAAUGCAUGAUACAGGAGCAUCUUCCAGAGCUCUUUGUCCAUUUCCAGUCUCAGAGUUUCCACACAUCGAUGUAUGCUUCUUCCUGGUUUCUGACUAUCUUCCUUACGACCUUCCCACUACCCAUUGCAACGAGGAUAUUCGACAUCUUUAUGUCUGAGGGUUUAGAAAUUGUGUUUCGAGUGGGGUUAGCACUUCUUCAAAUGAAUCAGGCAGAAUUAAUGCAACUUGACAUGGAAGGGAUGUUACAGCAUUUUCAGAAGGUCAUUCCACAUCAGUUUGAUGGUGGCCCAGACAAAUUAAUCCAGUCAGCUUACCAAGUCAAAUAUAACUCAAAAAAAAUGAAAAAACUUGAAAAAGAAUACACUACAAUAAAGACAAAAGAAAUGGAAGAGCAAGUUGAAAUUAAAAGGUUACGCACAGAAAAUCGGCUUUUAAAACAGCGGAUUGAAACAUUAGAAAAAGAAAGUGCUUCCUUGGCAGAUAGAUUGAUACAGGGACAAGUGACAAGAGCCCAGGAGGCUGAGGAAAACUACCUCAUAAAACGGGAGUUGGCCACCAUCAGACAGCAGAGUGAUGAGGCCAGUGCUAAGCUGGAGCGGGCUGAAAGCACCAUCAGAGAGCUCCGGCACCGCCAUCACUGGCAUAAAUGCAGCUCCACCUACAAUGAAGAUUUUGUGCUGCAGUUGGAGAAGGAAUUGGUUCAAGCCAGACUGAGCGAGGCUGAGUCUCAGUGCGCAUUGAAGGAGAUGCAGGAUAAAGUGUUGGAUAUAGAGAAGAAGAACAACUCAUUCCCUGAUGAAAAUAACAUUGCAAGGCUUCAGGAGGAACUCAUCGCUGUGAAGCUGAGAGAAGCCGAAGCCAUUAUGGGUUUGAAGGAACUCCGGCAGCAAGUCAGAGAUCUAGAAGAACACUGGCAACGUCAUUUAGCUCGAACUUCCGGGAGAUGGAAAGAUCCGCCCAAGAAAAAUGCUGUGAAUGAGUUACAAGAUGAGCUGAUGAGCAUUCGCCUUAGAGAAGCCGAAACACAAGCAGAAAUAAGAGAAAUGAAGCAAAGGAUGAUGGAAAUGGAGACACAGAACCAGAUCAAUAGUAACCAACUUCGAAGAGCAGAACAAGAGGUGACCAGUCUGCAGGAGAAGGUACAUUCUCUUUCUGCGAAGAACAAAGGGUUGCUUACCCAGUUAAGUGAGGCAAAGCGCAGACAGGCAGAGAUCGAAUGCAAGAACAAGGAAGAAGUCAUGGCUGUGAGACUCCGGGAAGCUGAUAGCAUAGCCGCCGUGGCUGAACUGCAGCAGCACAUUGCCGAGCUUGAAAUCCAGAAAGAAGAGGGCAAACUCCAAGGCCAACUGAACAGGUCCGACUCCAACCAGUACAUUAGGGAGCUGAAGGACCAGAUAGCAGAGCUGACUCAUGAGCUCAGGUGCCUGAAGGGCCAGAAGGCCUUCUCCAGCCAGCCCCCCUUUGAUGGCAUCCACAUCGUCAGCCAUUUGAUAGGAGACGAUGACUCGUUCCACUCGUCAGAUGAAGACUUUAUAGAUAGUUCCUUACAGGAAAGUGGCAUUGCUUUUCCUUUGCACAGAAAGCCUGGCUCUCCGUCCUUGAAUCCCACGUUGGCAGACGGCAGUGAGAGCGAAACAGAGGACAGUGUGCUAGGAACUCAGGGGCAUGACCCUGAGGCUCCAAAGGAGCCGUCCCCACAAAGAGAGUCCUACUCAACUACUGUCUGACCACCACUGUGACGGCCAGGAGGCCCUUAGGCAGCAGCCGCACAGAAAGAGUCUGGGGGCUGUCCCUCUGUCCUGUGUACAUAUAUGUCUGUUUUUUACAGCCUCAUAUGACUGCCUUUGCCAAAUGUUCCAUUGCCACAGUAGACCAGAGUAUGCUAAUUGGUAAAUGGGGUUCUAACAGUAUUACAGAAUAUUAAUUUUUCUUAUUUAGAAAAUACUGCUGUGUCUUAUGAACCGUUUUCAAAUUCAGGACUAUGGGAAAUUGGAUUUUCUUUAAACAAAACCGCUCUUGUGCAAUAUUUUAUCCUCAUUGAACGAACUGUACAUUUGUGUUUAUCAAUUUGUUUCCAAGGUGGCUGUCUCUAGACAUUUGACCAAAACAUAGAGGUGACUUUGUGUUUUGAGGGUAAUUUUUUCUUCACUAAAAUUUCAGCUUUGUUAGUAGGUCACUGAAGAUUGUCAGACACAAACAGCUUUUUUUUUUCUUGUAUAAUUUCUAAACAAAGUACUUGUUGUCUGUUCAGAAAGUUUUUUUGUUCAGUUUUUAAAUUUUAUGUGUAUCAUACUUGUGUGUGUUAGUCAGAAUAGUAGCAGGUAACUGCAGGUAUAUUAUCUGUACAUAUUUAUAAAUCUGUGUCACCCGGCAUUGACGUUGACAGUGACUGCUUUCAGCAUUCCAACAGGACUUCUGUAAAUAGCAGGUUAAAAGGAAGCUAAACACAGACCAGACACUACUGCUGCAGUAACCUUUACUCCGCACUCCGCACUAGCAGACUCUGACUGCUCUCUGUUCAGACACUACUGGUAGAGCCUGUGACCAAUAAGCUUCACAAUUAAAGAGGUGACAGCACGUGCUGUUUCACGCUAAUCUAUUUAACACUAGAUUUAGCACUAGACUAGGUUCCAAGAUGCACAGCAAAUAUUUCUGGAAAAAAAAUCUGUGAGUAUUGUAUUUAAAUUCUCUAGUUUCUAACCAACAGGUAAAGCCAUAAAGAGCCCUUUCUUCUUAGUAGUUGCUUUGUAUUUAGACUUUUUCUCUAGAAAACUGAAUGCUUGCUAUUUGUAAGUUGGAAACAACGCUCACCUGUGGAAGUCUGUGGUGGCUGGAUGUUUUCCACCUCGGUUUUGUUAGUAGCAUGGCCAUAGAGGAAGACAGAAUGUAGUGUGUAUGGAAAUACAUUUUUGCACAGAAUGUUGCAUACAUAAAGAGAAAUAUUUUAUGAAAUGGAGAAGAAGAAACAAAAGUAGUUUUCUUUCUAAAACUGUGUAACGCCUUACGCUGCAUUGUGGGCCAGGCUUUCCCAGCAAAGGUGUCCUAGCUCGGAAACAUGCCUUUUGUGUCCAGAGCACCCACUGAAUUUUAGCAUUUAAUUAACCUGUAAAUUACAAGCUGGUUAUUUAGCAGAGCUAGGGUAUUGAUUUAGAUCUCUCUCUCUCUCCACUUCUAGCUGAUGAGUUUUUCAGCUCCCUGCUCUCUGGCAAUGUUAUUUCAGUAAUUUUCAUUUAAGUCAGUUUUCUAAGCAUCUCCUGUCGAGAUGGGUGUUCGUUAGCGUUAUCAGUCAAGUUUCACUUAGCAAGAGUGGGUGACAGCACUACUAGUCCUUUAAGGUUCUCCAUUGUGGUCCAGUGAAGUAAGAGGACUUUGUAGCCCUUUUUUUUUUAACCCUAGAACCCUCCCCCCCAAUCAAGAACCCUCAAUGGGGCUAGACCCUGUGUUUAGUCCCUAGCACCGCCAAAAGACAUGCAAGCUCCGAGAAUUUCCUAGGACUUCUGGUUUGGAACUAGGUGUAAAAGAACCCUGGUCAUUAAAACUUUAUUCAUUGAUGCUCUUGUGAUUUGUACAGUGGAAAAUUAGAGGCAACAUCCAUUCAAGGUCUUCAAGUCAAGCCAGGUUCAGUGGUGCAUACCUAUAGUCCCAGUUACUCGGGAAGCUCGAGCAGGAAGGUCACCUGAGAACAGGACCAGCCUGGGUAACAUAGUAAGAUUUUGUCUCAAUUUUUUUUUAAUUCACACACACCUUAGAUGUAAAUCUUUCUGGGUGUGAGGGUUCAGUAGGAUACUGUGCCCUGAUCUGGCUCUGUUUUGUUGAGUAUAAGUUGAAGACCUUGAAGCUUUGGACUGUGUCCUACUGAUGAAUUUUAUCUCAUUGAAGAGUUUUGUGGGAGUAAACAGGAGAUGACAGAUGAUGGAAAACCUUGCUCUCUUGGGAUAGCGACCUUUCUGGUAACCUUGCCACUCCAGGUGACACACUGCAAGCCAAGACAACAGGAUGGAGAAAGCACUUCAACAGACCCCUUCCCCCAGUACUGGGGAUAGAACCCAGGACCUUACACACCACAGUGGGCAAGCUCUGUAGCCACACCUAAGUCUGACUUCUCAAAAUCAGUGCAUACAUUGGGAAAUGAGGCCAAAGAGAUUGUUUUAUACAACUUCUACACCGGUUCUUGUUGUUUGGAUUUUUUUUUGUUUUUAUUUUGUUUGGCCGAUUGGCAGCUACUCCUGUCUUUUUUGCCGAUUGAUUGACACAUCAUAUCCCAGCUGAUUGGCCAUUUAUGUUGGAAGGAAAGGAAGCCUUUCCCAGCCCUGAGCACAAUGCAGCCUGUUCUUUCCCAGCCAGUGCCUUUGAUUGAAAAUAACGUCUGCUGCUCUUGAAGUGUGUCAUCCCUGGCAUCAUAAAAAGUCAUUUGGUUCCUCACUCGCCAUUUGCAUAAUGCACUAUAAUAUUCAAAUUUUUAAAAAUUAAGGAUAUCAAUUAUGUUUUUGUAAGCUUUUCAUGGCUAGUGUGGUUAUCACAUAGUACCAAGACAUCGGUGGCCAACAUUUGUAGAAUCAGUAAUUUCCUUACUAAAGCAAUGAGUUUUUAGCCUGAAAGUUUAUUAAUUGAUUUGAAAGUUUAUAAAUUAACUUAAAAUUAAUUUCUUUUUAAUUCUGAAAUUAGUUAAAAUUCCUGAUUGAAAGUAGGGUAGAUGCUACUUUAAAAUCCCAAUUUUUACAUCACAUCCAUGGAUCUGCACACCCCUUCACUUCAGAGAAGAGAUAGCACAGUAAGCAUUGGACAUGCAAAGUUACAAAUGUAUCUCAUUGUACUGUGGAUUUUUUUUAUUGUAACAAUGUAUGAUAACCUAAAAAUGUUUACUUGUGCCUUUGCUUUAAAUAAUUAAAGUUUCUCGGUUUACAAAA